AUGAUGCCCUACAUCGGUUCAAAGAUUAGUUUGAUAUCGAAGUCUGACGUCCGUUAUGAGGGGAUCUUGGUCGAAAUCAACCAGGAGAAUUCAACAGUGUCGUUGGAGAACGUUCACUCCUGGGGAACUGAAGGACGAAAAGCUCGCCGGGAAGAUGAAAUUUCCCCAAGUGAAGAACCGUUCCCUUUCGUUGUUUUCCGUGGCGCAGAUGUGAAGGAUUUGCAUGUUAUGACCGCUCCGUCGAAAGCCCCAGCUCCCAAUCCAAUGAGGGUGCCAAAUGACCCUGCAGUCAUUUCGGUAAGACGUCAACACAUUGUGGAUGCUGCACGGGGAUAG